AUGAGACCCGGAAAGAUUGAGUCCAUUCUCCUUGGAACGAUAGUCUCAGCUACUCUUGUGUUCCAUGGCUUGGCUUACAGCCUGCCUCUAGAGGCAGGUAUCUCGCAGCUGAUACCACGAAGUGGCUGCAGGACCGUCAAUGUGGGAUUGGGGGACGGUUGCGGCGCUCUGGCAGCAAAGUGUGCAAUUUCUGCCAACGAUUUCACCAAGUACAACCCAGGUGACAAACUCUGUUCAACCCUCCAGGUGGGACAAAAAGUGUGUUGUACCUCUGGAGGACUGGCUGUCCCUGAAAAGGGCUCAGAUGGCUCUUGCGCUUCCUAUAAGGUUCAGGAUGGAGAAACUUGUGCCGUGAUUGCAGCCAGCAAUGCUAUCACUACCAAGAAAAUUGAGUCCUACAACGAAGAUACAUGGGGCUGGACGGGGUGCAGCAGAAUCCAGAAAGGAGCAAACAUAUGCCUGAGUGGAGGUACACCGCCGUUGCCCGCAACUGUGAAAAACGCCGUUUGUGGCCCCCAAGUAUCAGGAACAGUUCAGCCUAAGAAUGGAACCAAGCUGGCCGAUCUGAAUCCCUGUCCUCUGAACUCCUGCUGUGAUGUAUGGGGCCAGUGCGGUAUCACCUCGGAGUACUGCACUGAUACAGGAACUGGCGCCCCUGGAACAGCUGCAGCAGGCACCAAUGGGUGUAUCUCCAAUUGCGGCACUGAUAUCGCUAAUAACGGUUCUGCACCGAGCACGUUUCGUCGAAUCGCCUAUUGGGAGUCAUUUGGCAUGGAUCGUUCUUGUUUGAACUUGGGUGUCAAUCAGAUUGACACAUCUAAAUAUACCCAUGUGCACUUUGCCUUCGGAGCCGUCUCCAGUAGCUUUGAGGUGGACAUUGAUAAAUACAGAGUCGCAUUUAACCAGUUCGUACAGCUGAAGGGUGUGAAGCGUAUUGUUUCUCUGGGAGGCUGGGCGUUUAGUACUGAGAAUGCAACCUACAAUGUGUUUCGUCAGGCCGUCACAUCGAAUAACCGCGAAAGCUUUGCAACCAACGUAGCUAGCUUCGUCAAGGAGUGGGAUCUGGAUGGUGUCGACUUUGACUGGGACUAUCCGGGCGAGCCUGAUAUUCUUGUGGCUGACAUGGACGCUGCUCUCGACUACUGGGUAUACAUGACAUAUGAUCUUCACGGACAGUGGGACCAUGGCAGUUCCUGGUCAGAUCCAGGCUGUCCUGGGGGGAACUGCCUCCGAUCUCAUGUGAACCUAACGGAGACGCUCAAUUCCUUAGCCAUGAUCACCAAGGCAGGGGUUAAGUCGAACAAGGUCGUUGUCGGACUCAGCAAUUAUGGACGAUCUUUCCAGAUGACUUCCGCCGGAUGUACUGGUCCCAUGUGCACUUAUACAGGCAAAGAAUCAGGUGCAACUCCUGGGCGCUGCACAAAUACCCCUGGUUUGCUUGCAGAUGCGGAAAUUUAUGAGAUCAUCAAGAACGACAAAACCGCCAAGGCUUGGGUAGACAAAGAUAGCAACAGCAACAUUCUUGUCUACGACUCCGACUAA